AUGAACAACAAACUCACUCUAUUCACUUUCAUACUUUUGCUCGUUAUUCUCUUCUUGAUAAACUUAUCUGAACAAUCCAUAUAUUUACCAGGUGGUAAAGCAAUUGAAACAGACAAGACAAAGAUCAAAGAAUUGAUGGAAUUCAUGACUGUUAAAUUGAUGGAAACUCCAUAUCAAGCAAAGAUUCAUGAAAUUAUUAAGGUUGAAAGACAAAUUGUAAAUGGUGUAAAUUAUUAUAUCACAAUGCACGUUAUUUCGAAUGAAAAGAUUAAACAAUUGGUUGAAGCUAAGGUAUUUGAACCAAUGCAUCACGUCCAUGCUUUUGAAUUGGUUUCUAUUGACAAGAAGGAUUCUAUCAAGUCCAUAUCAAACCAAGCAUUAGAAUCAAUUCCAGGAGGAAGAAAUAAGGAAACCGACUACUUGAAGAUUACUGAAUUGGUUAACUUUUUACAACAAAAACUCAUUGAAUCUGAAAAUCAAUCUGUUAUUAGAAAGGUUAUUUCCAUUGAAAAGCAAGUCGUUGCUGGUAUUAAUUAUUUCCUUGAUGUGCAUUUGGAAUUUGCUGAUGGAAAGGUCAAAUUAAUGCAAGCAACAAUUCAUGAACCACCAAUCUUUGCUGGAAGUUCUUCAUUGCACUUGAAAUCACUCAUUGAAAUUAAUGGCAAAGAAUAA